AUGUCCACAGCAGCAUCAUCACCAUCAACACCUACAAAGUCAUCAUCAAAGACUGCCACUACAACUCAAACAUCAUCCAAUUACAAACAUCAGAUACAGGUACUAUAUAAUGAGUUUCAAGAUUGCGUUAGCAAGUUGGAUCACUACUAUUCAGAAUGUGAAUCAGUGUUGAAUAGAUUGAUGAACAGUGUCAACAUGAUGAUUGGAGGUGGAUCAGCGGAUGAUGAUUCUGAAUUAGAUGUCAACAACAACACAUCAUCGUCUUCGUCUUCAUCAUCGUCUACUUCAACAUUAUUAGGUCGUCCUCAAUCAUUAGACAACAAAGACAAUGUCGAAUACAUUCAUUCACAUGUAAAUGAACAGAUUCAACAAUUGAUCGACCAACUCAAUGAACAUGUUGUCAGAGCUAAACAGUUGAUAAGGGACAAUGCUUCAUCAAUCUCUGACCUAAAUUCAUUGGCAUCAAGAGGCAAGACACAAUGUGAAGUGUCCAUUCUUGAUCUAGUCGAGUUCAUGGCCACAACAUACUUUAGUUACGAACAAGAUUUCCAAAUGAAACAAGCACUCUCUGAUGACCUAUCCAACAUCGACAAUCAAACAAUGGCGGUACUCUCCAACACUGUCCUCCUGUGGCAGCACUCUCCACUCAUCAAUAAGUCCAAACUUGCAGCAAUAGUAGACAGACUUGAACUCUUUAACAGUCUGGAGUAG